CUAAAACAAGAAGAAGAAAAAUGCAGUAAAAACAUUAACAAAACUCGACCAAUCAAACUGAUUUUACAAGACAAAACAAACUCAAAACAAAUUUCACUCUUUAAAUACCCUUUUUUUCUGUGAAAACCAAAAACCCUGCAUCUUUCAUUUUUGUUGUGAAAAAAAGUAGAAGAAAGCUUCAAGAAAACUGAAUUAUGGGUUGUUGUCAAUCGUCUUUUCGAACAGAGACUCAACAACAACAACAACAACAACAACAACAACAACAACAAGAGACUCAGAACCAUAACCAAUCAGGUUCGGGUGCUGUACCAGUCGUCCCGGUUGUUGCUAAUGGAGUCCCUUGUUUCUCAGAGUUCUCUUUGGCCGACCUCAAAGCAGCCACCAAUAAUUUCAGUUCAGAUAACAUAGUUUCUGAGAGUGGGGAAAAGGCUCCUAACCUUGUUUAUAAAGGUCGUUUGAAAAACAGGAAAUGGAUUGCUGUUAAGAAGUUCACUAAGAUGGCUUGGCCUGACCCCAAACAGUUUGUGGAGGAAGCUUGGGGAGUAGGGAAGUUGAGACACAAGAGGCUGGCAAAUUUGAUAGGGUAUUGCUGUGAUGGAGAUGAAAGGUUGCUUGUUGCUGAGUACAUGAUAAAUGAUACUCUCGCUAAGCAUUUGUUUCAUUGGGAAAAUCAAACCAUUGAGUGGACAAUGCGAUUAAGAGUAGCUUUCUGCAUUGCUGAGGCUUUAGAUUAUUGUAGUAAUGAGGGUCACCCAUUAUACCAUGAUCUAAAUGCUUACAGGGUUAUCUUUGAUGAGGAUGGUGAUCCACGUCUUUCAUGUUUUGGCCUGAUGAAGAAUAGCAGGGAUGGGAAAAGUUAUAGUACUAAUCUUGCUUACACACCGCCGGAAUAUCUAAGAAACGGGAGAGUCACCCCUGAAAGCGUAAUGUACAGCUUUGGCACUGUUCUUCUUGAUUUGAUAAGUGGGAAGCACAUCCCUCCUAGUCAUGCACUUGAUAUGAUACAAGGCAAAAACAUCCUCCUCCUCAUGGAUUCACAUUUAGAGGGAAAAUUUUCGACCGACGAGGCAACUGUGGUUGUUAGCCUUGCCUCUCAGUGUUUGCAUUAUGAACCAAGGGAGCGGCCCCAUACAAGGGACCUUGUUGCCACACUGGCUCCGUUGCAAACCAGAGCUGAUGUUCCGUCUUAUGUCAUGCUUGGGAUCUCAAAGUAUGAGGAAGCUCCAUCGACUCCACAACAUCCGCUUUCGCCGAUGAGUGAAGCCUGUUCACGACUUGACCUCACAGCAAUUCAUCAAAUAUUGGUGAUGAAUCACUACAAGGAUGAUGAAGGAUCAAAUGAGUUAUCUUUCCAAGAGUGGACUCAACAGAUGAGGGAUAUGCUUGAGGCUAGGAAGCGAGGGGACUCUGCAUUCCGUGAUAAAGAUUUUAAAACCGCCAUUGACUGUUAUUCCCAGUUCAUAGAUGUGGGAACCAUGGUCUCCUCCACUGUUUUCGCUAGGCGCAGUCUGUGCUAUCUAUUCUGUGAUCAAGCAGAUGCUGCUCUGGCAGAUGCGAUGCAGGCGCAAAUUGUGAAUCCUGAUUGGCCAACAGCCUUUUACAUGCAGUCAAUUGCACUUGCCAAACUAGACAUGCAGAAGGAUGCGACGGACAUGCUGAACGAAGCUGCUGGACUUGAAGAAAAGAAGCAACAAGGCAUGAAGGGAUCAUCAUGAGGGAAAAACAUUGUAUUGAUCUUAAUCCUCUAUACCCAUUCUUGUUGAGGCUACCCAAAGUUUAUGUAAAAAUGCACAAUUUGGAGGCUACACCAUGUUAAAGCCAACUUAUAAGUUAAACCCCUUCCAGCUACUGUUGUGAAAUAGAAGCAGAUUAUUAAACUGAGUUUUCAUGUAGAGUGAGAGCAGCUAAGCAAACAUGCGUUUCAAGUCUGCAUAUUCAGUUUCAUCCCUGUAAUUGAAUUAUAUACUACACUGUUUAUGAAUAUUUUAUUAAGAAC